CAGAUCACUGAGCACCGAUUCAAGCAAAAGACCGUACACAGCCAGUACAACGUGCCAGUGGAGAAGCCCGUAUUCAGGAAGCAGGUGGUGCAAGACGUGCACCACAACUACGUGGCCAAGCCCUACGCGGUACCCAAGCCCUACGCAGUGCCCCAGCCCUAUGCAGUACCUCAGCCCUACCCCGUGUAUCACCACGAGGUGGAGGUGAACCAGCCCGUUCAAGUUGUGCGUCAUCACACUCACCAACAGCAGGUGCAUCAUUUCCCGUUGGUUAAAACUGCUGAUGUGGUGCACCAACACUCGCCUGUGGUGCAUGUAGCACCAGUUGUACAACAGGUUGUGGCUGUACCGUAUGCAGCCCCAGUUUUCGCUAACGCUGCACAGCAUACGCGAACGGAAACAAUGCAGGCCCACUGAAGCAUUCCCACUACAUAGAGGGGCAAAACAAUAAGAAAUGAUCAAUCUUGAAAAUAAACAUCAAUAAAACAACCUAAAGUCUCUCUUCUCCCUUGAGAAAUUGUCGUCCAAAUUAACUCUCUAAGUAGACCAGUCAGUAUUCAUAGACAUUUUUCAAUAAUACUGCAAUCGUGAUAGCAAUAGGCUGGUGUUUGCAAAUUGAGGCCAAGAAGAUGAAAAAUUAGAUUUAUAGUUUGAUUUCGAGUAUUUUCUCCAGUAAAAUUCGGAAAUAAAUCUGGACCAAGCUCAAUCUUUUUAUUGCAAUACUUCUCUUAAGCUCCACUUCUUUUUGUUUGUUUGUUUGCUA